GGCACAGAUUAUAUAGACAUCUAUAUACAUAUAUAUUUUGCAUAUGAUCUUUUGCCAGGUUCUAAGCGGUGGAGCUUGCACUUACAUCAUCGACAUUGCUCUCUUGGACUUAGUUCUACUUUCGUAGUAGCUUAUUAGGUUUGAAGUAUCGGAGCAUGUCAUGCUUGCUGAGAAUUGGUGGUAGAUGAAUUGGAUUUGGAGUAUUGAAGUUUCUGGGUCUAGGUUUCCUAUUGUUAAUCCUUGGCCUAACCCUCACCAUUUCUCAAUGGGCAGGUGCUCAUGAAUUGUGGGGUGGGUCGGAUUGAUUGAUACAUAGCUUGGAAGGAUUGAACCACCACAGAAUGAGCGGAUGAGUGGUUAUUAAAUUGGGAAUGGAGGAAGCCAGGGGGAGCUGCAGCAGCAGCAGCAGGGUGGCCGUGGCUGCGACCGCUGCCGUAUGUGUAAUCGCUGUCUCUGGAGCGAUUUUUUAUACCCAUCAUCGUCGCCUGGAGAAACUGCAGAAGCAGCUAGUGUGGGAUGAUAAACCUCAAAAGAGGUUCAAGCGUGUGUUGGCUGACAAUUUUGAUUCUCCAUUUCAGCAUUUUCCAUCUCCUCUCACGGGUUCACAAGUGGGGCAUCCUUACGAAGAUGUCAUUCGGGGUCUUGCGGAGAAUCCAAAUCUGUCAUUUGCGAAUUAUUACAGCGAUAAUGUUUUGCCGCCUGGUAUGGAAGGGCCAUGUCUUUGGGUUCAGACGAGAAGUCAGCUGGAGGCACUUGUAGACGUGUUGAAAGGAGAGAAAGAAAUUGGAGUGGACAUUGAACAUCACCAUGUGCGCUCAUUUCGCGGCUUUAUACCUCUCAUACAGAUCUCAACUUAUUCGACUGACUAUCUAGUGGACGCAAUUGCUUUGCAUGAUGACAUGCACCUUCUUCACCCAAUAUUUGCCAAUCCAGCUAUUCUGAAGAUCUUUCAUGGUGCAGAUAAUGAUAGCCUUUGGUUGCAGAGGGAUUUUCACAUUUACAUCGUCAACUUGUUUGAUACAGCUCGUGCUUGUGACGUUUUAGGGAAGCCACAGAGAUCUCUGGCUUAUUUAUUGCAGUUGUAUUGUGGUGUAUCAACGAAAAAAAUUUACCAGAGGUCAGACUGGCGAGUGCGCCCAUUGCCAGCGGAGAUGGAGAUUUACGCACGCACAGAUGCGCACUACUUGCUCUACAUUGCUCAAUGCAUGCGAGCCAACUUAGUCCAGGCUUCAAGGAAUGACAAUCAACUUCUACUGGAGGUUGUACGUCGGUCGAAUGCAGUUUGCCAACAACUCUAUGAGAAGGAAGGGGUUGGAGACUCUUCAUCUGCUGUGGUGGCAUCCAUUCUUGGUCGAUUGUAUAAUAACUCAAAUUCUGCAAUGCGAGGCGAGGAAGACGCCUACCUUCGAAGGUUGGUCCAGAAACUCGUCGAAUGGAGGGAUGCAUUGGCACGUGCAGAGGAUGAAAGUUUGCGUUUUGUGAUGUCCGACGCAGCUCUACUAGCGGUAGCUAAAGAGAGACCUCUCACUGAGGAAUCUAUCUUGAGUACAAUAAUUUCCACAGAUGAAUUGUCGCGAGCCUCGGAGACAGCGGUGCCCGGGUUGCAACCUCUACCAUCACCAUCUCCAGUUGUUCAAGAGCAUGUUGGUCUUCUUUGUGAUAUUCUGUGGGACUUUGCAGAAGACCCCAAGGAUGAUGUGUGGCCUUGGAGGAGCACCACAAAUUUAAGUAAUCCUGCCGAUUCCCUUUACGAAAAAUUCUGCAGUAUACUUCAUAUCCCUUCAAUAUCGUUCCUUUGGGGUAGUAGUAGUAGCUCUAAUGUAGUUCUGGUCACUGAGAAGGAUGGGAAAUCCAUUGGAAGAAAGGGACAAGAGAGUUGGGUGCGCAGAACCAUUCCUAAGAAAUGGCGUGUCGGUAAUGCCGAGCAAGCGCGUCUACAAUUUGUGAAGAAGUUUUCUUGCAAAGCGCCAGUUUAUCACAACUGCCGUAUUUAUGCGGGUGAUGGCCGUCUUCUUUGCUUUUGUGACCGCAAGAAACUCGAAUGGUAUAUAAAACGAGGUUUAGCAGAAGACAUGAAUGAGGAACCUCCAGCUAUACGAUUGCUCUUUGAACCGAAAGGGCGACCUGAAGAUGAGAACAAUGAGUUUUACAUAUCACGCAAAAGCAACCGCUGUGUUGGCUGUGGAGAGAGUAGUCACUAUCUUCGGUAUCGCAUCAUACCCUCAUGCUAUCGGCAACACUUUCCUGAACACUUAAAAAGUCACCGCUCGCAUGAUAUAGUGCUUCUCUGUGUAGACUGCCACGAAGUUGCACACAAGGCUGCUGAGAAACACAAGCGUGAAAUCGUUGUCCAGUUUGGGGUUCCCCUCUUUGCCCAUCGGGUGGUUGAUGGUGGUAAUGAAACUGCUGGUUCAAAUGAAGUUUCUUUUGUGGCUGAAGGAGAAUCAAGAGGAGUGUCGCCCUUGCAACUUCGAACUGCUGCCAUGGCGCUCACUCGUCAUGGACCAACGAUGCCAGUGGAACGCCGGAAGCAGUUGGAAGAGAUUCUGAAAACAUAUUAUGGAGGCAGGGAGAUCGGGCCUGAGGAUUUGAAAGCAGCUCUUAUAGUUGGAAUGGGGCCACGUGAGCAUCGCCGUUUUUUAAAGAAGAGGUUGCAAAGGCAACAACGUGCAAGUAACACCAAUAGGAGUGAAGACGUCGAUAGUGUUGAUACCAAAACACACGGUUCGGUUCAAAUGUCACAAAUCGUCUCUGAUGCUAUUAACAGUAUCAUGGAUGAGAUGGAAGAUGGUACACUACUUCUUCCCUCCAAGUCUAACCAGGAAGAGAAGCCGGAAUUAGGAAUAAAAUCUGAAGCUGACAAAGCAGAGAAAGGCAGUGGAUCAAAUGAAGACCUCCAAGCAGACGCUUCAGGUAGCGAUGAAGAUAUUAAAGAGUCUCUUGUAGCAGAACCUAGUCGAAGGCAUUCUCGACGGUCUAUUAACAAAGAGUCCCUCCUUGGUCACGGUCCUCACGGUAAGCAGGUGGUGGAUAUAAUUAUUGAGAAAGAAGGAGAUGAAGGAAUACGCCAAUUUUGUCAGUUAUGGAGGGCAGUGUUUGUGGAUGCUUUGCAACCGGCAUUUCUUCCGCCUGGAUGGGACGUAACUCACAGUGGACGUCGAGAAUUUGGUGAUUUCAGUGUGUACAAGCCUCCUGAGGGUCGAGAUGAACAACAUUGAAGCAUUGCGCUUCUGAAGUGAUCAGAGAACCAUACACCUGGAACCUACCGUCGGGUGAGGUGUUCUCACCCGAGUAGCUUCAUUUGUGUUUUAAUAAUUUCAGUUUGCAAUUUGUGUCCUGCCUGUCACAUUUUUCGCUCUUUUGUUGCCGGAAACGAUGAUAAUAACCACGACUGGAGGCUGUUGUCUUGGCCCUGGUGAUGGAAAACUUGCGCUCUUCAAAGCCUAUGGCUCAUAAAUUCGACCCAAAUUCAUGGUCCCAGUAUGUUAAAGAAUGGGUACGCCAUAGUCCGAAUGUUCGCUCGUAAUUUUGACUCCCACGACAGAAGUUGAAGAUUGAUGAUGUAGCUUGUGGAGUUUGGGUGGUUGUAUCUGAAAUUCACCAAGCUACGUUUUACAAAUGUACAGUUACGUUUUUAAUUUCAAUUUAUUGAUUUGACAAAUAUUGUCUUGAGCA